AUCUGUGUAGUUCCUUCUCAAGGACCAGCUUUUUAACUGUGGAUAAUCACAACGUGGUCAAAUGGAAUGCUGUUGUGUAAUUGUUUAUUCGCGAUUAUGCAACAUUAUGUUACUUAUUUAACUUCUUUAACCGCGAGCAGCGAUUGGUUACGAACAUCCUCCCAAAGAUUUGCUCCUUUUCAACGUUCCACUUCUAAUCGCAUCAUCCGAUUUCAUCGAAUUUCUUAAACAACGUAUUUCGUUAAAUAGCAAUAGUUUUCUUUUCUCUUCGGUACGAGAAACACAGGCAUCCGAGAAUGAAUCGUUUCGUAAAGAUCCUUAGGAGUAAGGAAACUCGUGACUAUUUUAUGAGCACGCACUUCUGGGGUCCAGUCGCAAAUUGGGCGAUACCGAUUGCUGCCAUUAGCGAUAUCCGGAGGGAUCCCAAGUACAUCAGUGGAAAAAUGACUUUUGCCUUAUGUUUAUAUUCAGCAAUGUUCAUGAGAUUUGCAAUCAAGGUGCAGCCACGCAAUAUGCUUCUAUUUGCCUGCCAUUUUGUUAAUGAAGGUGCACAAAUUACGCAAGGUUGUAGAUUUAUUAAGCAUCAUUAUCUUAAUAAAAAAGAAUAGUAAAUUAAGAAAUAGAUGAUAUUUGCUUGCCAAUAAGCAUAAUAUUAUAUUAAUUGAAAAUUGUUUUAUGCAUAUGUAGAGAGAGAGAGAGAGAGAGAGAAGUGGGAAAGAAAGAGAGAGAGACUUGUUAAACGUACAAAUAUAUAAAAUACAAAUAUAAGAAUGUUUGAUUAACAAUAUUAAGCAUAUUGCAAUCAUCUUUUUUUUGUUAAUUUUUUGUCAAUUUAUUAUAUUUAUAUAAAUAACUUAUUUAUAUAAAUUAUUUAUAUAAAUAAUUAUAUAAAUAAUGGAUGAUUAUUAAUCACUCAAAAGAAAUUUUUUUAAAUGUAUUAUAUAUUUUUGAUUAUUUUUAGCAAAUGUAAUGUAGAACUUAAUUAUUACACAAAUUAAAGUU